AUAACAUCUGGUCGCCAUUUUAUGCUGUGUCUGUGCAGAUUUAGGACGACUUUUUUGAGAUAAUAAUCAUACCAAGUUACACCACACCAGACUGAUUGAAAAAGCUGAAACCAUGGAGCAUCAUUCUUCAGAUGAGGAGGAUGUAUUUUCCUGUGGUCGCUGCAAACAUCAGUUUUCGAGCAUGGACAGUUUCAUGGUCCACAAGGCAAGCGGAGUGUGCCAUAAGAUCAAGCAGCAUCAUACAAACCAGCAACAAUUACCUCCUGAAAUCACUUCAGAUUUACCAGUCUUGGAGCACAUACCAGAAAGCAUGCAAGGAACGUUUCAAAAAGUGCCAUCACUAAGUGCCUCACCAGCCAGCCUUCAAAUCUCAUCCGCCACAUCCGAUUACAAUCUUCAGUCUUCCGUCAAUCGAAUCCAACACGAUUUUGAAGUGUUCCAAGAAGGGCAUCAGGUAGAUUUCUCUUCAAGCCAGUCUCAGAGCAGCAUAGCGAUGAUUCCACUCACCUCGGACGUCUUUGAGGAACUAUUGGGCUCCCCAGAUGAAGAGCUACCCACCACAUCGGUUGGAAAAGCGAUGCUGAGUCGAGGGAGCUAUAUAGACAAGCUUGCUAGUCAUGAGAUGCAGAGGGCUUAUUCGGACUGCUUGGCAACAUCUAAGGCAUCUCAGAAUGAUGAGGUGACGAGUGGAGACGAAUUUCGACAAGAGGGCUCUCAAGGUGAGAGUCGGACUAGUGAUGAACUCAUUCAAAGACAACUGAUGAAACAAAAACCUGAGACCAUUGUUUUAUGCAGCGAGAAUUUCUUGGAACAAGAGAAUCAAGAUAAAGCAGCACAGGGAAACGUGGGGACAGGUUCAUCACAAACUCAGAACGUAUCCAAAGUCUCAAGGAGAAAGACUAAUGAAACACAAAAGGAAACAACAACUAAAACCACACAACUGAAAAUUCCCGAAGCGUGCAAAAGCAGCAAGCCAGUGGUUUGUAAAUUUUGCUCAGAGACCUUAAAGAAUACAGAGUUUCUUUUCCGUCACUACAUAGACACCCACAAGAUGAAAAACAGUGCUGCCCUAGAGUUUCUCCGACAAGUUGCUUUCAAGAGAGGUAGAGGUCGACCACCAAAAGGACUGACUUUGAGAACGCCAAAGAAUGUCACAUGUCCUCACUGUAAUGAAGCAUUCAAUAAUAAAAACCUCUGCGCUACUCAUAUCAAAAAGCGUCACCAAAAACAUCAGACUUCGGAGUUGGUAGCCCCAUCUUCACCAUCGCAGAGUCUUCCAACCGGCAGAAUGAGAAAAUGCUCUCGUUGCAGCUUCCAAACAACUACAGCCAAAGAUUUCACCGCUCAUAUUCGCGAUUGUCAAUGCAAUGACAGAGGCGAUGAGGCAGUCAGUGAAAAAUCUGAGGAGAAUACAGAUUCUUCAAGUGUACAAAUCAAAGAUAAACCCAAGUCACGGAGGAGAAGAAAAAGCAGUAGAAGUAUUCAAAAGGAUGCAGUGAAUUUGAUACAAGAUGAUGAAGUUGAGAUUGACGACGAAGAGGAGCAAGAAAAAGAUGAGAUUGAGGAAGGGGAUGAGGAGAAUAACUCAACGUCAAAAGGACUUGUUAUAUGUCCGGAAUGCAAUAAGAAGAUGAGUUCACGUGGGCUUAAACGCCACCAAAUUCGCUGCACGAAUAAGAAUCGAUUUGUAUGUCCGCUAUGUCAGCAUAAAUCGCGGGAGUCCUAUGAUCAUACGGUUCAUGUGGAUAACCACAGGACAUGGGUGAAGGCUCAGCCGAACUGGCUGAAUGGAGCUGAUUUGAGGCAGUUACAAUCAGGUCCAUCCUCAGUGACGCCUGUUUCAUCCUCGAUGUCUGCUUCGAACGGUACGCCCCCUUUAAUUUCCAUCGGCUCAAACCAAGUUGAUAUAGACAAGGAGUUUGCUUCUACUGUUGAUCUUGACGAACUGGCGCUUAUAACACAAAUCCAAGGUGACAGUGACCUCCUUAGGACGUCUCAUAACCUUCUUGGGGGUGGAGACGCGAGUCAAGAUUUGCAAGCGGCACUCAUUGAUGGAUCGUUGCUUCCCAAGGAUUCUCAUGAUGAAGGCAACGCACAACUCUUGACACAGGAAGAGCAAAAAGUUAUUGAUGGAGGAGAUAGGAAGAUAAAUCCACGCGAUCUGAAGUGCAAGAUUUGUUAUACAUGGUUUGGACGGACGAGUCUCCCCAAACACAUGCUGCAGGCCCACAAUAGGGUGAAGCGAUUCCAGUGUCGUGAGUUUACCUGUCAGAAUAUUUUUGGCAAGUUGGAGGAACUCAAAGCUCACAUUGCAACCCACGACAAGCAGGAUAUGUUUCAUUGUGGCUGUCGUGGCUGCAUGAAUCGUCGGUUAGUCAAUACCGAAUCUCUUGACAACAUGAGAAAGGAAAAGAUGAGAGAAUACUACAAGCAUAUGAGCCAUAAAUGCAGCAAGUGUUGGGUCAAAUUUCCAAGCAUGGGAAGUCUUGAUAGGCACAUGAAGACAGAAAGCCACCAUCAUCCAUGCAGCAAAUGUGGAAAAAUCCAAGUCAGUAAGCGGCAGCUUCGCAUGCACAUGGUCACCCAUCAAGAUGAGCGCUGCUUUCUAUGCGAAGUCUGCGGACGAAACUUUAAGACAAAACGAGACCUUAACAAGCAUACUUAUUCCCAUAACAAUGUCCGACCGUUUCAGUGCCCAGAGUGCACAAAGUGCUUCAGUUUCAAGAAUAAAAUGACCCGACACAUGGUGACCGUUCAUUCUGUCAAGAAGCCUUUUAUGUGUGAAUGGCCAGGAUGUGAACGAGGUUUCUCUCGUAAAGAUAAACUCCACGAUCACGCCAAGACCCAUCUGGUCUCACAACAACUCAAGUGCAAGCACUGUGGCAAAGGCUUCUGCCGUAAGGACAAUCUCAAAGAUCAUGAAAUACUUCACACUCGUGAGUUUCGUUUCCGUUGUGAGAUCUGCAACCGGGGUUUCAUGCGACCCAAAAUCCUAGAGCGGCACUGUAUGACGGAACACCCUACAUGUACAUUGGCCCCUCAAGUCACCCUACAAGCAACCAUAUCCCAGGAUGGGUCGCCGGACACUACUAGCCAACACAUUAGUUACGUUCUCUGUGAGCCGAAUUACGUUUAUGCAAAUAUAGAACAGCUGACGUCGUUUCAUGAUAACGUCCAAGACGCUGAUUUGAUGCAGGGACAACGAGCAGCCAUUGAGGCAUUUCAGCAUAAUCCAGCUGCUGUCAUUGAAAAUGGAACUAACCAAUUUCAAAUGGCUGGGACUGAUGGAUUCCCAGUAAAUAUUACAUUGGGUACGUAGCACCAGUUAUUUCUUGAAAACCACUUGCAAAGAUUAAUACAUUGUGAGAGAUUAUUUCUUUAUCAGCAUUCUUUGCCUUCAUUUAUAAUAAUAAUACUAAUAAUAAUAAUAAUAAUAUAAUCAAAAUAAUAUAAAAAAGCUUCACAUGUAUAUAUUGCACUUGACCAAAAACAGGGUGCUGAGGCACUUUAUGGAGUUAAAAAAAACAAAAAAACACCAAGAACAAUUUAAGAUAAAACUUCAGUAAAAACUGAAAGAAGAAUUACAGUGAUGUGAAGAGAACGACAUUACAUAGGCAAAUGUAACUAGUCACACAAAUAUAACUAGUCACACAAACAGGAGUGGAAUACAAAAAAAUUAUCCCUUUAACCUCCCAUAUCAAACGAAAUGGAAAGCCAAGUUGGAUUUACAUGUAUAUCAUAUGGGACGCAGAUUCGCUACAUUUUUAUGUAUUGUUGCACGAGUUGAUUGUGAUAAUGAAUCUAUCUUCAAGCAAACUUAAAGUAGUGCAAUAAUCGGAAUUAGAACAGUUUGUAAAAACAGGAUUUGAUAAGGGCAACAAUUCACACUUAAUCACACUCGUGUUGCCACAGAGCGACAAAUCAGAAUCAAGGAUUGAAUUUUGCUUCAAGAUAAUCAUACAAUCAUAAUAUCAAUCAUUUACUCACAUGUUGCUCCCCAUGCAGAAAUGUUUCAUUCCAAGUGGUAUUGAAAAAAAAUAAAAAUUAAUCAGCAUUGUUUGAACCUCUGCGUGUUGUGGAUAAAUAAGAAGAAACUAUAAUUAAAUAGUAUACGUGUACAACCGUGUGUAAACCUCUUUUUCGGAUUGUUGGCUCUGAAAAGAGCUGGUGUGGUCUUGAUGUUUCGAAAAGUAUACUCUACUCUUCUCUUGAAGACGUGCAGAGUAUACCGUUUGAAAUUUCAAGACCACACCAGCUCUUUUUAGAGCCAGAGCCAACACACCCACAAAAGAGAUUUACACAUGGUGGUACAUGCAAGUUUCCUAUCUAUUUACAUAUCUUUGAAAAAACAUAGUCAGAAACAGCCUUGGUAGGUCUUAUAAGACAUUUCGUAAAGUAUUCUUUAAAAAAUUAUUUUUUCUGGGAAAUAUGAAUUGAAAUGAAUUACAAACGCUAAUUACAAACACUUCUUUGCUUCAUACUCCACUUUUGUGGACAAAGUUUAUUUGACUUAUUCAUAAAGUUUAACAAAAUAAUUGUAUUAUUGUUUGUACAAAUGUACAGUUUAUUUGCAUAAAAGUAAAGAAAAUCUUAUUUGCCAAAGUUGUACUUAACAGAAGUUUUUGAUGAAAAGAAGUCAUUAAAAUGUUAACACAAUAUUUGUAUUUACGUACUAGUUGUAUGCAUUUCCAUUAAUAAAAGUUCUAACACUGAAUAAGGAAGAAACGCAACACAUUUAACAAAAGCAGCAAUAGUUAAAAACCUUUAUUUAGGUUAUUAGUUAAAUAAAUAUACAAAAUUGGGAAUGCAAAAAUAGAGUUGGAAAUGCUAGGCUGGUUGCAUAAGGAAAAAAGGGAUAAACCUACACAGAUUUUGACACAGACAUUUUGUGAAGUCUUUUAUAGAAGUUUUAAGGCUAAUAAAUAUAAAAUUUGCUAAUUCUUCUGAGGAAAAAAUAAGAACAAAAGGGGAAAAAGUAGGAAGGAAAAUCGUGCCUGCUAAAGAACAAAAAAGAGGGAAAAUUUUUGAUUUAUGUGCUUCUAUAUUUUAAAAGCAGUGUUAACAAAAGCUACAAGCCAACAAACAAACGUUUAAGUUCAUUGGACCAUUCACAACUUGAAAGCACCAAAAAAAGAAAAUAAAUAAGAUGUAAAGUCGUUGGUAAAAAGGCCACAAUAUUUUUUUAUCACCAGCAAAUAACUCUGCAUAGAUCCCUUUUCGGAAUGCCAUUAUCAAACUUAAUUGAUUGAAGGCAGUGGACACUAUUGGUAAUUACUCAAAAUAAUUAUUAGCAUAAAACCUUACUUGGCAACAAGU